AGGAUAGGAUAGAUAGGAUAGGAUAGAUAGGAUAGGAUAGAUAGGAUAGGAUAGAUAGGAUAGGAUAGAUAGGAUAGAUAGGAUAGAUAGGAUAGAUAGGAUAGAUAGGAUAGAUAGGAUAGAUAGGAUAGAUAGGAUAGAUAGGAUAGAUAGGAUAGAUAGGAUAGAUAGGAUAGAUAGGAUAGAUAGGAUAGAUAGAUAUAGAUAGAUAGAUAGGAUAGAUAGAUAGGAUAGAUAGAUAGGAUAGAUAGAUAGGAUAGAUAGAUAGGAUAGAUAGAUAGAUAGAUAGGAUAGAUAGAUAGAUAGGAUAGAUAGAUAGGAUAGAUAGGAUUAGAUAGAUAGAUAGAUAGGAUAGAUAGGAUUAGAUAGGAUUAGAUAGAUAGGAUAGAUAGGAUUAGAUAGGAUUAGAUAGAUAGGAUAGAUAGGAUUAGAUAGGAUUAGAUAGAUAGGAUAGAUAGGAUUAGAUAGGAUUAGAUAGAUAGGAUAGAUAGGAUUAGAUAGGAUUAGAUAGAUAGGAUAGAUAGGAUUAGAUAGGAUUAGAUAGAUAGGAUAGAUAGGAUUAGAUAGGAUUAGAUAGAUAGGAUAGAUAGGAUUAGAUAGGAUUAGAUAGAUAGGAUUAGAUAGGAUUAGAUAGAUAGGAUUAGAUAGGAUUAGAUAGAUAGGAUUAGAUAGGAUUAGAUAGAUAGGAUAGAUAGGAUUAGAUAGAUAGGAUAGAUAGGAUUAGAUAGAUAGGAUAGAUAGGAUAGAUAGGAUUAGAUAGAUAGGAUAGAUAGGAUAGAUAGGAUUAGAUAGAUAGGAUAGAUAGGAUUAGAUAGAUAGGAUAGAUAGGAUUAGAUAGAUAGGAUGGAUAGAAUAGAUAGAUAGGAUAGAAUAGAUAGAUAGGAUAGGAUAGAUAGAUAGGAUAGAUAGGAUAGAAUAGAUAGAUAGGAUAGAAUAGAUAGAUAGGAUAGAAUAGAUAGAUAGGAUAGAUAGGAUAGAUAGAUAUAUUCACAGUUACUCUCCUGACCGAAAACAGUACCGAAUCCUACUGUUUUAGGUUGCGUUUUCUACGUCGGUUACCUUUCCUACGUACGACGGUUACGUUUCCUACCCAGCAGUAGGUUACGCUUAGGUUACGUCGGUUACCCACGACAUGGCGGUUACGUUUUCUACGUCAACGCGCAUGUGCAAAUAUUAAAAAUAAAUCAUAAGGGCGGCUUGCGGCGUGAAAGAUACUCUCAGUUAAGGAUUGUUGUUGUUGUUUUUUAAUCAUAUCAAUCAGAUAUAAGAAACAGAAAAGCUUUUUUUCUUUGGUAAGUUUUAUUUUGUCAUUUAACAGUUUUAAAUGUUGUAAAUGCUUAUGUAAAUAUAUUUUUUGUGGGCAACAAAAGUGCAUAGCUAGCUAACGUUUUGUAGCUAGUAACACCCCAAAUAGCAAUCUGAACUUUUUAGGUUUGUUCAAUGAAAUAACAUUAGUAGAAUUAAAGAGCUAUAGCUAUGGUCAUUUAACAAUAGCAUUAUGUUUCUUGGUAGUCUUUUUGUGUAGUUAAGUAUAUUGCUGUAGUGUGUUUUUAUAUAGUCCUUAUUCUCAUGUUGGUAUUUUGAUAUGACCUCUGAGCGUUUGUUUAAAAGCUCAUUUUAUUUUCACUAAAUUUAUUCUUACUUAUUUUUUUUCUUGUUUCUUUAAAGACAAUAGCCAUGCUUGAAGUUGUUUUUCGAGAGACUCACACCUAUUUGUUUUUAAAACAUUUUGUUUAUUUUUCUCUUGUUUUUUAAAAAUAAUGACCAUGCUUGAAGUUGUUUUUCUGGAGACCCCACACACUUGUUUUAAACAACCAGUGUUGUUUAUAGAUAUAUUAUUCCUAAUCAAAAUGAUAUCAAAUCAUAACAAAAGCUGUUAUAAAUUAUUGUUAAAAAAGUGUGUUGUCUGUUGUACCCAUGCCUUCAAAGAACUUCUAUCACCGGUUUUUAUUAUGAUAAUUUAGUUAAGUACACAAUUAAGCUUUCUUUUAUAUCACACUGCAGUUGUGCUUUGCUCAAGUAUUUCAUAUAUAUUUUACAUUGUCAGAAUAAAAAAAAUCAUUUUUCAAGUUGGAAUUGUCAAAGCAGGUCACAAGAAAAGUAGGAAGCAUAUUUUAUCAUGAGUUUUGGUAAUAGUAAGGUAAACAACAGUCUUUUGUGUGUAUACACCUAUUAUAUAUAUACUAUUAUAUACCUUUUUCUUGUUCUUAACAGUAUAUUUUUAUUUCUAGGAAGUUUUGUAUCGACAAUUAGUGAAAAUAUAUACGUGUACAAUUUCUGCAAAAGUCAAUUUGUGAAACGAAAUCUUCAAGAAUCAUUUGUAUUGGUUGGUACCAUAACAGUUAUUACAAGGAAUGGGACUGAUGGCAUGGCCCAUCCUAUUAUCUUGGGAAAAAAAUGGUAACAAUUGGAAAGUUGAAACAUCGUCUACGUCAAAUAGUUUAGAAAGUAUGUUGAUGAGAGAAAAUAUCAGGUUGAAGAAGAAAAUUUCAGAGCUCGAGAACCAACUUUCAACAGACUCUACAAGCUUACCUAUAGAAAAAAACCGCAAAAAAUGUCCAUUACAGUCAUGUGAUAGUUGUGUUACAAAUUUAUCUCGGCACAUGAUAGAAGUACACUAUUGGCCCCAGAGUAAGGCAAAAUAUUGCGUUGGCAUAUACGGAUUGAGGAAACCAGGUGUUAGGUUUUAGGUUGUCGAAACAAAAGAAUGAGUUUGCACCUCCAAGACGUCCACAAACUAUCAAAAGGACCUUACUAUUAUAGUAUGUUGAAAUUAGCCAGGGUGUGUGACGUUGCAUCAAACAACGAAGUACACAUAUGACAUCCAUCCCUGCCAAGCAUGUCGCCACUGAUGAUCGCCACUGAUCCGAAGUAACAGAUUCGGAUAGUGACAUGGAAGAUGACGAAGUGGUUGACUCUGCUGAAAUUUUAGAGAGGUUUGUGACAUAUAAAAUUUCAGUUGAUGGAGGGAAGAGUUGCCAAAAGAGUGCUAUUCAGUCAAAGCAGCAAUUGAGAGAUAUUUGGGCAGCUUUGGAUUCCUCAAAUCCCAGUGAUUUAGUCAGAAAAUAUAAAAUUCGCGACACCUUUUUGACAACGUAUGCCGAAAAGACAAAGGAAUACAAAGCUUUAACCAUUAAACGGUAUAUUUUGUCACUGCCACACUUCUAUGACUUUCUCCUUACUGAGGAGAUCCAUCUACCUGGAAUAGCACCAGAUAUGAUUUUAAGGAUGAAAGUUAGUGUAUCUCGAUGGAGCAAAUCUAAUAAUGGAACGGUAGAGAUACAGCAGCUUGAGAGACAGAUGGAGGGGCAACAAGUGCUUAUCACGCCUGAGCAGAUCCAACGGUAUGAGGAGUCUGCCAGUGCAAAGGAGGCUAUCUCGAUAAUUAAAAAUUUUCGUAGCCCUUACCGAGAAAACACCUUGUCUCGUCAAGAAUAUGCGUGUAUACGGGAUUUUCUCAUAACGGAAAUAACUAUAAUUAAUUGUCAGAGGUCUGGCGUACCUAGCAACAUGAACAUCGAUGAGGUGAAGGCUGCUGUAUUUCGUGAUGGUAAAUAUAUUAUUAAAGUAAAACGUCACAAGACAUUUAGGAAACACGGUCCUGUUAAUCUGUGUACGAGAGAAACCUUGUACCAACAGCUCUUAAUUUUUUUCGAUUCAAUUCGCAGUCAGAUACACAGUGACUUUGAAAAUGUUUUUGUUUCAUAUAAUGGCAAGAUGUUAGAAUCUGGAGCAAUAUCGAAACAAAUUAAUAGCACUUGGAAAAGGUCCGGUGUUUAUGGUGAAAACGAUCCGCCAGUGAGGAAAAACAUCACUUCAAAUAUAUUUUAAAAGUCUGGAUCCACCAUCAUUGAAGAUAAAAAUCCAAGUGAAGCUCCAUAUGUUGCUAGCCUGUUGACGCACUCUGAAA